AUGGCGGCGGCGAACACGACAACACCCGCCAUGCAGCCGCCCGCGGGACAGGCGUCAACCUUCGACGGGCCGAUGACGAGCGCGCAGUGGGAAGUCGUCCGGACAGGCGCCGGACUGGUUGGAGGUGCGACGGUGGCGCUGGCGCUGCGGAUAUGGGCGCGGGCGGGCGUUAUGAGGCAUUUUGGACUGGAUGACUAUGCGGUUGUGGCAGCUUGGUUGCUCAGUGUUGCCUUUUUCGUUUGCGAACUGCAGUGGAUGCAGUACGGAUUUGGUGAGCACCUGUGGAACGUGAGCGUCGCACAGGCGAAAGAGUAUGCGCAAUGGAGCAUACCUGUGCUCACGAUGUACUGUUGGGCGCCGAUACUAUCCAAAUUUUCGAUACUUCUCUUGUAUCAUCGCUUGAACCCCAGCAAACCCUUUCGUAUCGUGGUGUAUGUCAUGAUAGCCAUUAUAGUUGGUUAUUCAUUGGCGUCGACCGUCGUGAGCCAAUGUCUCAACAACCUUACCCUCAUUCAGGCGAUCGUGAACAUCUCCACAGAUGGCAUUGUAGUCAUAAUGCCCAUCUCCAUUAUCCACAAGCUCCAGUUCCCAUUCGGCCAACUGAUGAUCGUAGGAUUGGUUAUGGCUGGUGGGUUUCUUGCCGUGGCUGCCGCAAUAAUACGACUUAUCACGAUCCAAGGGAUCCGCGAGCGCGCGGAUUACACUUGGGAGCAGACCCAUGUCUCACUGUGGUCAACCAUCGAGAUCAACGUCAUAAUCAUUUGCCAGUGCCUCAUUUCGCUCAAGCCCUUGAUCAAGCACUACAUGCCGAGCAUGCUCGACGACGGAGUCUACCCGAAAUCGACCAACAACCGCGGUCGCAGCCAGAGCAGACUCAGCCUGCCCUUCACCAUGAUGGCCAGAGGAACGACGGGCGUGGUGGGCGGUGGCAGAUUAUCGAAAGGCUGGUGGAGGAGCCCGAAGAAGGAUGAAAUCAUCAUCACGAAUUCGUACGAAGUGCGAAGCACGUACGAGAUGCGAGUGGGCGGCGAUACGGAGAGUAUGGAAAAUAUCAUCAAGGGGAAGCGCUGA